AAUUCUAAGAAUAUUCUGCUCCAUGAGAAUAAAGCAAUGAUAUAUAAUUUUAGUUUAUCAGCGCAAUUAAGUUAUCGAGGUAUAUCUAUAUCCGAGCCAAAGGUCAAGACUACUUAUACUGAUCCUCAAUGCUUUCUUCAAGCAAAUUAUUUACUCGAUAAAAGAUCAGAUAUAUAUAACCUUGGUAUGAUACUUUGGGAGCUUACAAGUGGAAUUACACCCUUUUAUAAUUCUGAAACUGAUGUGAAUUCGAUAAUUUCGCAAUGUCGAAAAGAAAAAGAAAUUCUUGGUACACCUACGGAAUAUAUUAACAUUUAUAAUAAAUGUUGGCAAGUUGAUCCAGGAAAACGCCCAACAUUGUGUGAAAUUAAAAACGUUUUAGAUAGAUUAACCAAUGCAUCAAUUGAAUUCAUCACUAAUGUUACAACUAAAAACUCUUUAUGUAUAGAUUCUUUGAAUAAUGAUAAGAAU